AGCCUUCGGCACCCAAACAGGGCCGCUCCAAGCAGCCAUGUACGCACUUUUUGCCGCCCUCGCCGUCGCCCAAGCGCGCUCCGCCCAAGCGCUCUCCGACGGCGCGCCGACCCCGAAGCUGCCGGCCUGGACCUGGGACCACGUCUCGACCUACAUGCACUGCGCGAACCGCACGGGCGCCCUCUGGAGCGCCGGCGCCGUCGAGAACAUGUCCAAGUCGGCCUUCGUCGUCUUCGAGAAGAACCACGGCCUCUUCGACCACCCCAAGUACACGGGCGCCGAGGAGAAGAUCUCCGAGGCCUGCGGCCAGGUCGCCGUGCCCUGCCUCAUGUACACGGAGUCGGACCUCGCGCGGACCUACUACGACCUCGGCGUCACGCUCGACGGCCUCCCCGGCGCCGAGCUGGCCUGCGCGGACAACGUCACGCUCGCGAACAGCUCCUGGUCCGAGAAGGCGAACCCUCUGAACGCGUCGGAGGCCCCCCGCGGCGAGUUCCGCGUCUACGACUUCACCAACCCGGACACGCGCGACCGCUGGGUCGCGCGCGUCGCGGACCUCGUGGGCUCCGGCGCCAUCGACGGCGCGUUCAUCGACGGCAACCGCGGCGGCUGGAGCAGCUCGGCGACGGCCUGCGCGUCCGGCGCCGCGCGCGCCCCGUGGGCGCUGGGCCUCAACGCGUCGACGCGCGCGCUCCGCGCCGCCGUCGGCGACGCGACGCUGAUUUCCAACUACCCGACGUCGGAGGCGCUGCGCUACGCGACGGGCGGCAUGAUCGAGCGGUUCACGCCGAACCAGGACAUCGACGAGCUCCAGGGCCUCGCGAAGGGCGGCUCCCUCGUCGCCGUGCACGCGCAGUACGCCACGGAGCCCCACCUCAGCAAGCACCUCGCGGCGUUCCUCGUCGGCAUGGGCGAGCGGUCCUACUUUGGCGCGGGCGUCGGCUGGGACGGCGACGGCGCGAACGCGUGCGACACGUGGCUCCGGCGCUGGGACGAGUUCGAGAAGCCGCUGGGGAAGCCGACGGCCGACGCCGCCGUCGUCGCCGGGGCGCCGCCCAAGGCCAAGUGGACGCGGUCCUUCGGCUCGGGCACGCACGUCCUGCUGGACACGACGCCGGAACGAGACUACGACACCGUGUCGUGUAUCUGGUGGUCCGACGGGACCGUGACGUCGGGCGACCCCUUCGGCUGCAACGGCACGGCGGCGCUGGCGGGGACGCCCCUCGCGGACGUCCACGCGGCCUGGCUCGCGGCGCACGGAGAGGCCGUGGCCGCGACGCCCUUCGCGCCGCGGACGCUGCGGAUGGCGCUGUACCGCGCGGACGCGGAGGAGUCCUCCGCGCCGGAGGGCUGCGGCGUCGACGAGAAGGUCUACGAUCUGCCGGCCCUCGGGACCUGCUACUCGCCGCCGGUUUUGUUCCCGGGCGACGGCCAGUGGGGCGCCUUCGACGUCCGCGACGCGAUGGACGGCGCCAAGCUCCGCCGCGCGUUCUUCAACACGACCGACGGCACCUGCGGCGCGGAGACGGACCACUUUGAGGUGCCCCUGGACGCGUGCGUCGGGCCCUUCGGCCCGCCGCGGCCCUGGGGGCGCUUCGCCUUCGCGUAGUGGGGUGUUAUCCUCCUGGGCGC